CCAGAGGGCGCCUGGAGGCUGUGCGCGCCCCGGACGACGAGGGUGCGCCAGAGCGGGGUGCGCGCCCGGGACGCGGACCUGCACCCGGAGGCUGCGUGUUCCCCGAAGCCAGGGUGGGCGCCCCGCCGCGGGGCCCCAGGCACCGCGAGUCGCCUACUGUCGUACUUCCGCGGCUCGCCAAGAACUCUCCAGGAAUCUUACAGACUGAGUGAAGGAAGAGUGCCUGAGAGACGGAGAGUCGCGUGCCCUAAGAUGGAGAAGACCGAGGCCAACGACCAGAUCUCCCAGGGGGAUGAAGAGAAAGACCCUCCAAAGAGCCACCCUUACUCUGUGGAGACCCCAUAUGGCUUUCAUUUAGACCUGGACUUCCUCAAGUAUGUGGACGAUAUUGAGAAGGGGAACACCAUCAAAAGGAUUCCUAUCCACCGAAGAGCCAAGCAGGCCAAGUUUAGCACGUUGCCUCGAAACUUCAGCCUUCCUGACAGUGGGACUCGCCCCCAUGCCGCUUUCCCCCUGCAAAACUGGUCCCCCGCGGUGCCAAGGAAGGUGUUGCUCAGGACGCAGGAGCAAACCCAGUCACUGGCGCUGGGUGAUCCGCCCCAUGCCUCAGCCAGCGGGGGCGAGGUGAGCUAUCACAGGAAGGCGCUGUUGGCGGAGGCCUCCAGGCAGUUGGAGGCUGCUGCUCCAGAGGAAGCUGAGCUCACCUCUGGGAGUGGGCGGCCCCAGCUUUUGAGAGCAUCAAGCAUGCCAGCCACUCUGCUGCAAAACAGGGCCUCAGAGGAGCCAAGCCUAAGCACGGGUCCCCCAGUACCUCCUGCCUUCCCUCCUCUUCAGGGAGACGACAGUGUCUGGGAUGGCACCUUUGGGCCGGCGGAAGGAUUUGCAGGUUUUCACAGCUCCAGCCCACGAGCAUCAGCCCAACUGACAGUCAGGGAGUUGGGAGACCUGGUGCCAGGGAUUCCAGAGCUAGUCCAGGACGGGGCUGAGCCUGCAGCGGGUGAAGCGAAGGCUCCAAAUCACCUGUUUCUCCCAGGUCCUCCUUCCUCAUUCCAGAAUGCACUUGUAGUUGUAGAGGAUGUGGAAGACAAACCCCAAACCAGAGAUGCGGAGGUGGUGCUCACACCUGGCUCCUCGACCCCCAGCCCUCCGCCUCUGCCAUCUCCCAUCCCUGAGAAUGAGCUCCCUCUGGAGGAAAUCGAGCUCAACAUCAGUGAGAUCCCACCUCCGCCGCCCAUCGAGUUGGACGUGAGAAGCAUCGGCAUCAGGGUAACUGAGGAAAGCCUGGGCCUUGCCCUGGCCGACCCCAACAGCAUCUCCGACCUGAAGCAGCAGGUCUCAGCCCUUGAGGGUGAAUUGUCUGGAAGAACCAAGGAACUGACCCAGGUCAGAGCUGCCCUUCAGCAGCAGGAAGAGGAAAUCAAGACCAGGGAGCUGAGGAUUCGAGAGCUAGAGUGCACUGUAGCCCGAUUAGAAGAGAAGCUUAGCCAAGAGACGUCCAGAGAUGCCCAGGGCCAGACUGAUGCCAUGGUGAACACUGACCCUCCCCAUGGGCUCUUCCCAGGGGAAUCAUGUGACAAGAGCAUCGGGGUCAACCUUCUGAGCAUCACAGACUCUGAAAACCGAGGGACCAGGAGAGAGGCGAAUGGCUUCCUAUGGGGGCAAAAUAGUCACAGUCAAGGGGGUCAGAGACUGGCAGAACCUGUACGACCACCCCAGCUCUCACUGCCACAGGGACCCGAGAAGGUCCUUGCCUCCCCUUUACAUUGCUCUCUCUCCACUGAACUCAGGAUUGAAGAAGCAGGCUCGGAGCAGGAGGGAGGCCUGCAGGCAGGAGCCGAGGGCCUGGCCAGGGCAGCAGGAGGUUCUUCAUGGAGCAGUGACAGAGAGGCUGCCCCAGGGACCAGGGAGGAGCUCCCAGGGAAGGAGCGCUCAGGAAGGCCACCAAGCUCACCAACAGAUGCCACCAUUGGGCAAUAUGUGAAGAAGAUCCAGGAGCUCCUGCAGGAGCAGUGGAGCUGCCUGGAGCAUGGGUACCCGGAGCUGGCCAGCGCCAUCAGGCAGCCUGCCUCCAAGCUCAGCAGCAUCCAGAGCCAGCUACUCAGCUCCCUCAACCAGCUGCUCUCUGCCUACUCAGCCCAGGCUCCACCGCAGGGGCCUGCAGCCCCGCCCUCCUCCCCUCCAGCCGAGAUCUCCCCGCCGACCAGCCUUAAAUCCAUAAUGAAAAAGAAAGACUAUGGCUUCCGUGCAGGAGGUAAUGGGACCAAAAAGAACCUUCAGUUUGUUGGGGUUAACGGUGGCUAUGAGACCACUUCCAGCGAGGAGACCAGUGGUGAGGACAGUUCUCCUGAGGACUUGUCUGACAGCGAGGCUGAGAAGAAAUGUGAUGGCCCAGAACACCAGCGGGGCAAAGAUGCCCACGCCAGCUGCGAGGCCGGACAGGCUGUCCCCGAAGGCACUGACAGCAUAGGCCCAGAAAGUGGGUCUGGGGAAGAAGCCCCCCAUCCCAAGGCUGAGAGAUAUAAACCCUCAGAAGAAUUUCUUAAUGCAUGCAGAGCACUGAGCCAACAUCUGCCGGAAACUGGGACCACCACCGACCAGCACUUGAGGCAAAGCUUGAACACCAUCAGUCAAGAAUGGUUCCGGGUGUCCAGCCGGAAGUCAUCUAGCCCUGCUGUGGUGGCCGCCUACCUCCUUGGGGUCCAGCCUCACUCCCCACAUCUCCUGAAGCUGCUUGUCAACUUGGCUGAUCAUAACGGGAACACGGCACUCCACUACAGCGUGUCCCACUCCAACUUCUCCAUCGUGAAGCUGCUGCUGGACACAGGGGUCUGCAAUGUAGACCACCAGAACAAAGCUGGCUAUACUGCCGUGAUGAUCACGCCCUUGGCUUCUGCGGAGACCGAUGAAGACAUGGCUGUCGUCUGGAAGCUCCUAAGAGAAGGAAAUGUGAACAUCCAGGCGACUCAGGGAGGCCAGACUGCCCUGAUGCUGGGGGUCAGCCACGACCGGGAGGACAUGGUCCAAGCGCUCCUGAGCUGCCAGGCAGAUGUCAACCUGCAGGACCACGAUGGAUUGUCGGCUCUCAUGCUGGCCUGUCACCAUGGCAAUGCCGACCUGGUGCGGCUGCUCCUGGCACACCCGGCCUGCGACAGCAGCCUGACUGACAAGGCUGGCCAUACCGCUCUGUCCAUCGUUCUGAAAUCACCUUCCCAUGUGGAAAUUGCAGGGCUUCUGCGAGCCCACGCGGAACGGGGCAGGUCCCUGGGGCUGUAGGGCUGCAGAAGAACUAGCAGCCAGGAACAAAAGGCUCCUUCUCUUCACUCCUCCCUCGCCCUUGGAGAGGGCAGGGGUCACAGCCAGAGGGUCGCCCCUCAAGAGAAGAAACUAUGUCAAAUAUGCACAUACAUUCCUGUUGUGUAAUUCUGCUCAUUAGGAUGCUUUGUAGUUUGCGCCUUAGGCCGAGCCCCAGAACUAGAGGGCUUCAGAGCAGGGUGCAGAGUGCGGGGGUGCAUUAGCGUAGUCCCAAAUCCCCAACAUCUUCAGUUUUGCAUUCCUUGCGACUCGACCUGUGCAACACCCUGUAGCAGGCAGGCAGGAGCACAUUCGCACAUUAGAAAAGCAAUACUUUUUACAUGGAAUUUUAAAGUGCACUGUUGUUUUUGUUUUUAAUCAAAUAUAUACAAAUAUGUCCCAUUGAAUAUGCAUGUCUAGAGAGGAUGGCAAGGGAUUUAAGCUGCCUCCCAGGUAAUCAUUCUCAAGAAGACCUUAGGGAAAUCACCACGAAGACAGGUGAAAAUGAGCAAGUCCCAUUUGGGACUUGAUAGAGAAAUCUUAAAUUCAGAGAAGGUGGGAAGAAGCACAUUGGUAUCAUUGCCAAGUAUAACAUUCUUGACCAUUUCUGAGUCAUCCAGUGGCUCCAAUUUGCACCAGGGAAAUUGGAAUUAAUCAGGAAAUCCAACCCAAUGAUGUGCAUCACAGAGUGACAGAGUCCAGUUAUAGCAGCUAUUCCCAACAAAUGAAUUCGAGUGAGCUCCCGGGAAUGGGUUAUUGUCAUUCGGAAGCCACCACUUUCCUCCAUGGCCUCGCAGUAAUCUCCAGUGCUGUUUCUGCGAGCAGGUAUCUGUUCUGAAGUGUCUGGGGCUCCUGGCUCAAGAGCCUUUCAGUCACAGCUGCAGCAGGAUUGGGUAGGGCAGGGCAGGGCAGGGCAGGGCCCUCCCCCAACUGACAUUUCUCCACUGGACAAUUCUUUCUUAAGAAUUCUCUGUUCUCCAGGCCUGCACAUGCAUGGUUCAUAUUCAAUAGCUCAUGAAGAUUAUCUACGAAUUGUUCUUUCUUAAAGUCUCUUAUGAAAAAAAAAAUCCUCUUUAUAUAAAAAGAAAUGAGACAUCCAAGUUGGUGAGCCUCAUGCUGAAAACUCUGAAGUUCUUAUUGUGGCUGGAAUGCCAAUUUGCAUGGCACUCACUGGAGGAGUCACAAAGCUUCCUGGGGCCCCAGUUUCAUCAUCUCUAAAAGCGGAAAUCAUCAUGCAACCUACCUCCUGCAGGCUGCGCAAGACACUGCUGAUGGAAGUUUUGGAAUCCAGUUUAUAACCCAUAAAGGCUGUCUUCAGAAAUGGUGUGGAAAACUUCUUUAUGCUAUUGUAAUUCAUAAGAGAUGUCCUAAGUCUCAGAGCAAGAGCAUUCAUGCGUGUUGAUACUGCUCGUAGGUGAAGAAGAUGGAGCAAAUAAUGAGAGGAAAAAAUGCUUCAAAUGGAUUUAUUUUGACCUCAAAACAUGUUGUUAGAGCAAAAACCUACAAUAAUACAUUAUCUAGCCCAGUGCUUCGCAAAUUUUAAUAUGCAUAUAAAUCUUCUGGGACCUUGUUAGAAUGAAGUAAGUCUGGGGUGGGGCCUGAGUCCUGCAUUUCUGAUCAGUUUCCAGAGGAUGCCGAUGCUGUUGGGUCACAUCCACACUUCAGGUAGCAGGACUCUGGCCUGUCUUUAUUGUUGGUAUAUUAAAAGUGCUGCCUCUCAAUCUUCUGUUUCUUAUUUUCUUUGUAUUUUUCUUCUCUUGAUUCUUGGGAACUCACAGUGCAGGUCUAUAUUCAUUUUUUGUUGUUGUUGCUAUAAGAAAAUACCUGAGGCAGCCUACUUAAGAAAAAAAAAGGUUUAUUUUGCUUACAGUUUUGAAGGCUGUACGUCUAAUCAUCCUGGCACAGGCUCUGGAAGGGACCUGUGACAGAUGAUAAGAACUCGUGGAAGAGGAAGGAUCACAUCUUAAAACCGGAAACUGGAGAGCCGGAUAGAGAUGAGCCCUAGCUUUUGUGACAGUCCCCUCAUGAGAACUAACCAGGGUCCCACCAGAAAUACCUUAAUUCCUUUCUAUGGUACAUCCCCAGUUGACCUGAAGACCACCCACUAGACUCAUCCUCUUAAAAAUCCUGCACCCACUUCGGGUACCCAGGGGAUUAAGGACUGAGCAGUGCUGUGGAAACUGACUACAGAAGGAAUCGGGAAAGCUCCCAGAGGAGGCGGCUUUGAACUAGGCCGUAAGGAUGCAUAGGAACUGGCCAGAGCAAUCGAGAUAGAGCAACAAACACAAGGCUUGGCAUGUGAAAAGGUUUGCCUGCUGAGCAACGAGAGAACUUCAGAAUGACUGUCGUUGUGUGGGAGAAGUGAGAAUUUGAGAGGGAAGUGGGGAGAUAUGUUGCUAUGAAGAGUUUGGACUUGAGCCUGGAACUCAAGGAGUCUGCUUCAUAGACCGCUUGGAGAAUGAAAGUUCUCCUCAGAAAAAUGCACAUCUGAGCAAAGUUUGCUAGCUUCAAGGAUUCAGAAAUCUGCACUUAAAAAUCCUGUGCACCUCGCUGCUGAUCACCGUGGUGCACGGCUAUAAUCCCAGCAAUUUGGGAGGUUGAGGCAGGAGGACAGCAAGUUUGAGACCAACCUCAGCACCUUAGUGAGACCCUGUCUCAAAACAAAAAUGA